AUGGAAGCCCGGGCCCGUUGCGGCUUCAAAUCCUACUGGCGGGUACAUAUCCCUCCUUCACCGCAGCUGUACAGCAGCCUAUCCAAUGGUUGCAAUGAGUAUUUGUUCUUGCAACUCGAUGGUCGUUCCUUCAAACCCAAGUCAGUUAUUCUGGGCAAUCGCUACAUAGAAACGGGUAACAAGAUCCGGCCAAGCAUCCCAACAAUUAUGUUGCUCAAGGAAACCCCGCCCCUCUCGCUUCGUAAAUUCAUCGACGUUAACCUGGAAGGCGUAACAUUGCUGGUCCUCAACACGAACUUUUCAUCGUCCAUUGAGGCCGUCAUUUUCUUGAAGAAUUGCAUCCCAGCCAUCGUUUUGCACGACUUUUGGACCCAGGAAUCCGUGGCCGGGCACCAGUUUGCUGAUCGUCGAUGGAGGGGCCGGACUAUUCGCCCACCACCCCUCCACGCUUCGAAGGAUCAGAUACGAUGUCAAUAUCGCCGACGCCUGCGGCAAACUCAUUUUCCAGAUAUCAAGAACGAAAGGGAACCAACUACUAGCCAAGGAUGGUAUGAGAUCUUGUCCCUCUCCAUUCUCCGUGAGCCCUCACCUCCCGAACGCUGGCCUGCGACUAGCCGGGGUCUCUGCUUGCUUCGUGGUAUCCCUGACGCCACGACCGCAUCACGCAUGCAGUUCAACGCGCGUAGGCGCCAACAAGCAGCUCUGCGGGCUCUCCACGGCUCAGGACUCCCCAUCCGGUAUGGUUUUGCUCUGUACGACAUUCCCUCGAGCUCAGGAUUCCAAAGUAAUUUUGUACUCACGCGAAUACAACUCGAUGCCAUGGAGCUGUGGGUCUUUGUCACUAAGUUUUGCUUAUCUGUGAGCGGUCUUCCGGUUCCGCAUAUGCGUCAGUCUAGUUCGGCCAGGCGGACGUAUCUCCAGACUCUGAACGCUGUGCAGCAAACCAAGGCUUGUUGGAGCUACCCUGUCUUCGGCGGAUACGGCCCCAUUCAGGAAAUCUGGUUGGUGCAUCUCGCGGCAAAAACCACCGCUGCGCCAUUCCCAGACCCUCGGGUCUUCAUGUUAGCCACUGCUACACGGCCAGCACAGCACUUUGCACCCGCUGUCUUGCUAGACCCAUGUCCCCGUUGGUGCUUGGGGCAUCACGCGAAAAGGAAAAAAACGAGGAAGAAUGGGUCAUCAUCUACCAGGAUUCAACAAUCGAAACAAGCACCAGGCAGAAAUCGGCAGAUUGGCUUGGGCUCUCCCGGGUCGUGUACCCGGACUGCCUGUUUCUCUGCAGAGCCCAGGACAAUCGCGGAGGUUCAAUCGGUGAACUCCGCCUUGCGUAUAAUUCUGGCCCCCAAGGUCAGCCUGCUGUACAACGUCACUGACCGGAAAGAUGCUGGAGGCUCUUUGGCCGGUACAUGCUGUGCUAGAACUGAUAUUCUUCGUCCAUAUAGCCCCGUCUCACCACCCACCAUAUGCCGUUGCAGCAAGGCGCAUGUGAUCAAAGUGAUGCGCUGCUUUCAGACUCGGAGAGAACUAGUCAUUCUGCUAGAGCAUUGA